CGGAGCGGAGCGGAGGCCGCGCCGGGCGUGGGGCUGCGGGAGGCGGCGGCGGCCGCGCCGGCCCCGGGGCCAUGGAGUCCUCGACCUUUCGACCAUCCAGCCUUCUCCAAGGUGAUGACUCCUGUCUCCUGAGACGUUGGAAAACCUAGUUUGGAAGAAGAGUAAAGAUACAGUUGAUGCUGAACUACAGCCAAGGAUGAAGCGACGAGCAUCAGACAGAGGAGCUGGGGAAACAUCCACCAAGGCAAAAGCUCUUUGUGCAGGGAUUUCUGGAAAUAAUGCCAAGCGAGCAGGCCCUUUUAUUCUAGGUCCACGUUUAGGUAACUCCCCUGUGCCAAGUAUUGUUCAGUGUUUGGCAAGAAAGGAUGGGACAGAUGACUUUUAUCAGCUAAAGAUUCUCACCUUAGAAGAAAGGGGUGAUAAAGGAAUAGAAACCCAGGAGGAGCGCCAGGGCAAGAUGCUGCUGCACACAGAGUAUUCUCUCCUUUCCCUGCUCCACAACCAGGAGGGAGUGGUUCAUCACCACGGGCUCUUCCAGGACCGAGCUUGUGAAAUCAUAGAAGAUCUGGAAGCCAACAGAAUGGUCAGAAAAAUGAAGAAGCGUAUUUGUCUUGUGUUGGACUGCCUCUGUGCUCAUGAUUUCAGUGACAAAACAGCAGAUUUGAUCAAUCUGCAGCAUUAUGUCAUUAAGGAGAAGAGACUCAGUGAGCGGGAGACAGUUGUGAUAUUUUAUGAUGUGGUACGAGUGGUGGAAGCAUUACAUAAGAAAAAUAUAGUGCACAGAGACUUGAAACUAGGAAACAUGGUGCUAAACAAAAGGACUCACCGGAUAACCAUAACAAACUUCUGUCUGGGGAAGCACCUGGUGAGUGAGGAUGACCUGCUGAAGGACCAGCGGGGGAGCCCAGCCUACAUCAGCCCCGACGUGCUCAGCGGACGGCCGUACCGUGGCAAACCCAGUGACAUGUGGGCUCUGGGUGUGGUGCUUUUCACCAUGCUCUAUGGGCAGUUCCCCUUCUACGACAGCAUACCUCAGGAGCUCUUCCGAAAAAUCAAGGCUGCCGAGUACACCAUCCCCGAGGAUGGACGGGUCUCAGAGAACACUGUGUGCUUGAUCAGAAAACUGUUGGUCCUGGACCCGCAGCAGCGCCUGACAGCUUCUGAAGUGCUGGAUUCUCUCAGCUCCAUCAUCGCAUCCUGGCAGUCCAUGUCCUCACUGAGUGGCCCUUUGCAAGUGGUGCCAGACAUAGACGACCAAGUGGCAAAUCCUGAAAACCCCCAGGAGGUGAAGGUGACAGAGGAGUGCUCACAGUACGAGUUUGAGAACUACAUGAGGCAGCAGCUGCUCUUGGCUGAGGAGAAGAACACCUUGCAUGAGGCCAAGAGCUUCCUACAGAAGAGGCAGUUUGGGAACAUCCCCCCAGUGCGACGCUUGGGCCACGAUGCUCAGCCCAUGAACCCUUUGGAUGCAGCUAUCCUGGCCCAGAGGUACCUUCGGAAGUAGCUUCCCACCCACGGAGAGCACAAGCACCACCCUGCAGUCUGCCUUUCACAUCGCCUACUACAGCUCAACAGCAAUACUGGUGUCCCAUGAUGGAGAAUAAUGUAGCAAUUCUUCUGAGCUCUGUUCAGGGACACACACUCACACUCGCUCUGGAGGGAGAAGACUUUUUGACAAAGAUAGUUUUGGAAGCAGCAACCUCUUGGCAUCUUCUGGAAUCUGGUUUUUUUUUUUUUUUUUUUUUUGGUGGUUUUUUUUUUUUAAAUCGAAGCCUAGAUGACUAAUCUGCUUUUAAUCAUGACUGUAAUCUACCUCUCUUGUCUUUUUAACCAUGCUGUUCUCUGGAUCGAGCAAAGCCUGUGGGAAAGGAGAAGACUACCCAGGGUGAAGCUGGUUUGCUGGCACAAGAGUGGCAGCUGUGCAGCUCAGAGUCGGCUGCCCGCGUUCGCUCCACACGGUUUGAAUAAGCUUGGAUUUAUGGGGGACAGGGGGUUUGGCAAGGAAGAAUUCCUGGAAACCUCCCACUUCAUCUGCAUCAAAUCUUUUUCUGUCCUUAAUGUGCCACCUGGUUUGGCUCUUGUCUGACCCUGGGUGGCCGUGCUGGGGCUGCAGUGUCCCGAGGAGCCGGGGGUGUGAGCAGAGCCCGGUGCCUCCGCAGGGAUUGAUCCCGGGAUUGCUCCCUGCAGGUGAUCCGUGGAUCCUGUCUGUAAUUCAGAGGUUUUGCAGGACUUGGGCCCAGCGUGGCCUCAGACCUCUUUCCCACCUUUCACUGGUUCUUUUAGUUUCAUAAGGGUAUAUGAUUUAAUCUUAUUUUUCAGUAGCAGUUAAAGUUGCAUUAAUUCUGACUUAGCGUUUUUCACACUUCAGUUGUGGUACAGAUAUAAUAUAUGAGUUACAAUGUGAAAAAGCUUCCCAAAAUAAUCUGCCUAGAAUUAGGAAGGGGCUGGCUGAAGUCUCUACUGUAUUUGUUCCCCAGUUUAUCUUGCCAUCCCAGCCUCACCACGCAGACCCAGGGCGCUGAGGCAGGGGAAGGACGUCCUGAUUUGUCACAGAGUGCCACUGGAGGAGCCAUGUCCUGUGCUGAGAACAGGAACGAUUGUUUCUGAGCCUCAUUUCCUGAACUGGAUGCCUGUCUUGCCAGAUGAACUGUUCUCACACAGAGAUCCAGGGCUCCCUCUGCCUCCUGCCCCUGCUCCAUCACCCUCCCCUGCCAACCUCGGGCCGGGCACAGGGAGCUGUGUGAGCAGGGAUGGGAAAAGCUGCUGUGGGCUCAGCUCAGAGAUGCCCAGGUGAGCAGGGGCAGGGGGUGUGCAGUGGAGCUGUGUGUAGUGUGUUGCCUUCUCUUGCCUGGGCUGGGGAUGGGGACAGUGUCUAGCCUGGGCCAACCUCCAGGUGUCUUUGUGGGGACAUAGGGAUUGACCUGAAACUUCUUGGCAGCGUUGGGCAUUAUCUCAUGCCUGGGAACUCGCCGAAACCGUGUGGCAGCAGCGAGCAGGCAGGGAAUUGUGAACACUAACACAGCCCAGAGCAGUCACGCCCACCCCAGCCAGCUGAGCCAGUAGCCUGAAGUCUUUGCCUUAUUUAUUGUUACCAUGGUUGGUCUGUCCUGGCACCUCUGGCGUGUGCCCAUCACCCCCUGUGCCACCAGCACCAGAGCAGGGACCCCCCUCCCCUCAGUCCUGAGCAUCCCUGGGGCCCUGACCCCCCAGCCCCUGCGGCCCUGCUCUCUCUAUCUGGAUUUUUUUCACCUCUUUAUUUUGUUUUUCCCCAAAGUUAAAGCAAUAUUGUGGGGACUCUGCAAGGCUGUAUCAUACCCUGUAUUCC